AUGACGACGUUUUCCGUAAGACCAGACAUGAAACAUGCCAUCGCGCCAUCCCCGCUGCAGACUUUCGUAUCAACGGGUGCCGAGUCAGCCGCAGGGUCAAGCCACCUUCCGAAUGAGAUAUCGCUCGCCCGCCAGAUACUGCACAACCUCCAGUACCAGCACUAUUGGUCCGACCUCCACGUACACACGCACUCACCGACUACCCACGAGCCUCUUCCCCGCCCGCUGGUCUCUGGGCUUCCCCCGCAGCGCCUCUACGUCCACCCCGAUGAGCAAGUCGAGCUACUGAAGAAGGCCGACCGCGAAAGGAAGGCGCGCGCCGAGGGGGAGGCAGGUGGUUUGGAGGUCAAGGCAGAGCCUGAGCGCGAAUGGAUACUACCCACAAGGCUGAAUGAGAAAUGGACGCUGCGUGGAUUGGCCCAAACCUUCGAUGCCCUCACUAUGGUACCGCAUACUCCAGACUCGUCAACCACAGUAGAGGAACGCCCGAGCAAUCCAUGGAGGACAACCAAGCGUGUAUUAUUGGCAUCGGUAGAUACGGACAGUACAGUUGUCUACUACAUCGUGCACGAUGGCGUCGUCAAGCCUCGCCAGAACUGA